AUGAAAGCCUUUUGUCGUCGAUUUUCCACAAAUGCUACGUCUUUCACCCAUCAGGGUCGACCCCUUCCAGAGGGAGGUCUAUUAACAAGAAAGGAAAGAGAUCAAAUCUCAGCUUUACCAUUUUUCAUUGAAUCGUCUCAUGGAAGAUCCCGAACAAGGAGGACGAGCACCAGGCAAGAGUACUUGGAAAAAAAGCUUCCAGAUGUCCGGAGAGCCUUCGGUUGUGACCCAGAUAACCCUGGAUAUCUUCCUUUUAAGCUUCCUAAGGAGCGACCAAACCCGUACUGGGAUGCCCAUCUUGGGCGGACAGUCGAUCCCGACACUGGCAAACAGACAUUACACGGCAAGCCCAGACUAUCUGUUACCAAGCUUUUGACCAAACGAUGGUGCGAGUUGCGAGAGUCCUAUGACAUCUAUGCGAAGGCACCCAUCUAUGAGCAUCCUCAAGUCAUAGAAGGGUUGGAAACGCACCAAAAGCUGGAAGAUGAGACGCAUCGAAUCCCAGAAGAUUGGCACGAAUUUAUGGAGCAUUUCGAGGUUGCCAUCCCUACCGAUGAAUACCAUGAAUUGGUUGGGUCGUGGUAUGAAAGUAUCGGCAAGUUAGUUAAUCUUUUUACGGUGGGCGAAGCUAGGGAAGUACUGUGUCAUGGGUUUCUAGACCCAAACUCAUGUCAGAUGGUUGAGGGUCCUGUGGUUUCAGAAGAAGAAGUACUGGUCAGUGGAGUUAUAGAUCACCUUGUUUUGACGCGCCGAGCUCGCUUUCAUGGUAAACCACUGGGGUUAAUUGGCUGCAUUGAGAGCAGACCGAAUUUGUACAUAGCCGACGUCCUAAACCAGAUAGAGGGCCAGAAAGAACUACUCAAACAAAAAUAUGGGAUUGUUCUGAGUGAUAUCAAGACAAGGUCCAUUCGAAAAAUUCCAACACAGAAUAGUGUCGUCAAAUCGACAAAACUGCAGGUUAUGUAUUACAGAUCAUUUCUCGAAACUUUGGGCUCCAGUCCAUCUGGCACCUAUCAAAGGCUUCUCCUAAACGCCCAAAGGCGCAAAAUGGAUAUCGACAGGCCGAUUGAACCCUCAAAAUUGAUCAGUAUGAUGGCUGCGACCGAUUUGAUCAUAUCGGAUAUGAGAUGCUUACGAGACGGAGAGAAUAUUGGGUUUGAAACAUACGACGGCUAUUUUUCGGGCAGAGACCAGGGUGAUGCUUACGAUGUGACCCAUUUUUACGACCUGAUCACCGACGUAAGUGUGAUCCAAAAAUUCGAAGAAUUCUUCACCUUGUGGUCGAGGCCCCCGACGCUGAGAUACUUUGCCGCAAGACUAGCUCAAAUGUAUCAUGAGGUUGCUCCAUUGCUAAGUGACACAUUGCUAAUUGAAUAUUACUGCCAAGGGGAAAACUUUCAUAAUAUCGUUUUUGAUUACGAUCCUGAAUUAAUGAAAUCGGAAUGUUUCAAUAGUGCAAGUUUCUGGUUCGGGAAGAGAGAUAUCGAGCCAAUCAAACCGACUUUGAAAAAUGUCAUGACCUACUGCAAGCAUUGCGAUUAUGAAGAGGUCUGCCUAUGGAGAAAGCAGAUCACUGAUAAAUGUCGUCAGCUUGGGAGCGAUCUGGAGAAAAUAACUGAAGAAUAA